UCCCUCCACCACCCAAAAUAAAAUCCCAUCCACAGCUCCAGAACCCUCCUCCUGUGAGCCGCCUGGAUGAACCCAACGACCAUUUUCAACUCAACCGCCGCCUCCCUCUCCUCUGGCUUCCCAACCCACCCAUCAUCACUCUUCCCGCAAAUCACAAGAUGCAAAACCAUGAAAGAACUCCACCAAGUCCACGCCCUCUUCCUCAAAACAGGCCAAAUCCACGACCCUUUAGCCGCAGCCGAAAUCCUCAAAUUCUCCUCCCUUUCCGCUCACCGAGACAUCGAUUACGCCCGCAAGGUUUUCCUCCAAAUGAGCCAACCUAACUGUUUUUCUUGGAACACAAUCAUCAGGGCUCUAUCAGAAUCCGAUGAAAACGAUGAAACGAACGAGCCGUUAGAAGCGUUGCUUUUGUUUGCUGAAAUGCUCACUGACGGGACCGUUUUGCCAAAUAAAUUUACUUUUCCUUCGGUUUUAAAGGCCUGUGCUAGAACUGGGAGGGUUCUAGAGGGGGAACAGGUUCAUGGGUUGGCAGUCAAAUUUGGGUUUGAAAAAGAUGAGUUUGUUGCCAGUAAUCUUGUAAGAAUGUAUAUUAUGUGCGGAGCCAUGGAAAAAGCUCAGUUUUUGCUUAACAAAAUGAUGGCCGAGUUUGAAAAUGGUGCCAAAUUGAUGAAGGAUAAGAGGAGAAUAGAAGGUAAUAUUGUUUUAUGGAAUGUAAUGAUUGAUGGGUACGUAAGAGUUGGUGAUUUAGAUGCUGCUAGGGAAUUGUUUGAUGAAAUGCCUCAAAGGAGUGUGAUUUCAUGGAAUGUGAUGAUUUCUGGGUACGCCCAAAAUGGGUAUUUUAUUGAAGCAAUUGAGAUGUUUCGUUUGAUGCAAAUUAGGGAAGUGAGACCUAAUUAUGUGACUUUGGUGAGUGCUCUUCCUGCCAUUUCAAGAGUUGGGGCACUCGAGUUGGGGAAAUGGGUGCAUUUGUAUGCUGAGAGGAAUGAGAUCGUGAUCGACGACGCUCUUGGCUCUGCGGUGAUCGAUAUGUAUGCCAAGUGUGGGAGCAUUGAGGAAGCAAUUCAGGUCUUUAACAAGAUAAGUAAACCGAAUAUGAUUACCUGGAGCGCGAUAAUCGGGGGUCUCGCAAUCCAUGGUAGAGCAAUGGAGGCUCUUGAUUAUUUUUCGAGGAUGGAACGUGAGGGGGUAACUCCUAGUGAUGUUGUCUACAUUGGCAUCUUGAGUGCAUGUAGCCAUGCAGGGUUAGUGGAAGAGGGGCGUUUGUUUUUCAAUCAUAUUGUUAAUGAAGUUGAUUUUGAACCUAGGCUUGAGCACUAUGGGUGUAUGGUUGAUCUAUUUGGCCGUGCUGGGCUACUUAAAGAGGCUGAAGAGUUCAUAUCAAACAUGCCAAUAAAACCAGACGAUGUGAUAUGGAAGGCCUUGUUAGGUGCCUGCAAGAUGCAUGGAAACAUCGAGAUGGGUGAUCAUGUGGCUUGGAUUUUGAUGAAUAUAGCUCCUCGUGAUAGCGGAGCUUACGUGUCGUUGUCGAACAUAUAUGCUGCUUCUAGAGAUUGGGAAUCAGUUGCAAGGGUGAGAUUAAAAAUGAAGGAGAUGGAUGUAAGAAAAGACCCCGGGUGCAGUUGGAUUGAGCUUGACGGUGUCGUUCAUCAGUUUCUUGUGGAAGAUGAGUCCCAUCCCAGUGCUCAAGAGAUUCAUUCAAUGCUACGGGAAAUAGCAGAGCAAAUGAGGUCGGUAGGAUAUAAACCGGAUACCUCUCGAGUUCUGCUCAACAUCGACGACGAGGAAGAAAAAGAAAGCACACUACACUAUCACAGUGAAAGGAUUGCCCUUGCAUUCGGCUUAAUCAACACAAGCCCUGGAACGCCACUCCGGAUUGUCAAGAACCUCCGUGUAUGCGAGGAUUGUCACUCUUCGAUAAAACUGAUCUCGAAGAUCUACAAACGUGAAAUAAUUGUCAGGGAUCGGAAGCGUUUUCACCAUUUUGAGAAUGGUUUAUGUUCUUGCAAGGACUACUGGUAACAAGCCCCUUUUGGCAUUAAAUAAUUAGUUAUCCCUGUAACUAUGAUUUUGAUUCAA